GGCGACGAUGGAGUCCCACCUCGACACCCCCUACAACGUCCCCGACAUCGUCGUCACCAUCGCCAACAACGACAUCGACAUCGUCAUCCGGAUCUCGGACCGGGGCGGCGGCAUCCCCCACGAGCUCCUGGACAAAGUGACCGAGUACCACUUCAGCACCGCCGAGGCCAGCGCCCAGGACCCCCGCUUGGGGGGCCCCUUCCGCAACCUCCUGGACCUCAGCAACAGCGGCCAGGCCUGCCCCAUGCACGGGUACGGCGGAGCCGAGCCGCGCGGCGCUCGGUUACGGCCCCGUUUAUUCGGGAACACCCCGACAAAGGGUGACGCCGCGGUGACGCCGCGGUGCCGCUACACCCCCCACAGCUUCGGCUUCGGGCUGCCGACCUCGCGAGCCUACGCCGAGUACCUGGGCGGUUCCCUCUGCCUACAGUCGCUGCAGGGUGUUGGCACCGACGUCUACCUGCGCCUGCGGCACAUCGACGGCAAAGCCGAGAGCUUCCGCAUCUAG